AUGAAGCUAAAGGAAACAAUAACUGAGCAACGUUAUUGGCCGUCGUUAUUCGGAAAAGUUGACACGGUGACCGUCUCUUCCGUCAUCAAGAUGAUGUACCGGAAAACAGUCAAGGAUACGGAGAUCCGGAUCAAAUAUGCAUGUCUGGCGCUGCUUGAAUCUGUUUUGCUGCUAACAAGCUUAAAGAUGAAGAUAUCAAGAGAUCAUGUUGAAGCUAUAAAAGAUCUUGAUGCGUUUUUUGCCUAUCCUUGGGGGAGAGUAGCAUUUGACAUGCUUAUGGGGAGUAUCAAAGAGAGAGAUGAGAUAGCUUUGUCGCAAAACACGAUUGCUAUAAAAGGAUUUGUUCUUGCAUUACAGCUUGUUAUGGUAGAAGCAGUACCGGCGUUGACAGAUGUUGUGCAAGAUACGUGUUCAUCAUCCGAAUCAGAUAGUGAAGAUGUGGAUGGACAUGGCCGUGAUAUUUUCUGUAAGAAACAGACUCUGAACCCUGCACACGCACGCAAUGUAGAUAAGAGAAUUGAUGUUCUCGUAAAUAGCGUCUUGGUUGAAGAUCCGGCCGGGCCGAUAAACGCGGGAAAUUUGGUUUAUUCAGACGAAGAACAUGAUGCGCGAGUUGAAAGCAUGUUAGUGCGCAUUAGCCGUAGCCAUUGUUUCAAUAAUUCUGAUUUUCCCUCUGGCCUUAAAAAGAGUGAUGUUGAUCGUAUGCGAGAAGUGGUUAAAUCAACUACAAAGCCAAAGAGAGCUAAGAAGUUCCAGUCUAAUGCGCAAGACAGUGAGACCAGUUAUAUCGUUCAGGUUGUGCUAGAGAAAAUUAAAUCUGAGGUUGCUUCAAUGGAAAGAAACAUCAAAGUGGCGACUUCUGGAGUAGAAGCAAUAGAACAGAAAGUUGGUGUCUACGUUGAAACAUUAUUAGAAAAGUUUAAGGAAGAAAUGCUCACAUUUGUCACUGAAAAGGUUUCUACUCUCUGGAAAGAGCACAUAGGUUCUUUGAGUGGAGCAGGAACCAUUCCAACGUCUCCCACGAAAGAAGUAUCCGUUCCUGCGACUCAUUCAAGUCCGGAUGCUGAUGUCAAUGCCAUGACUAUACAAAACGUGCUGCGAGAUAUUAGUCAGUACUCUACUCCUCCAAGAUCCAAUCGUAUGAGCGAAGCUGGGAAUCUCACUCCAAGUAAUAAAGCUCAUGCUGGAUCUGGAUAUGUUUGCGUCACACCGGUGCUUCAGUCAUGUGCACAGUCAGCUAACAGCGAAAAUCGUUCUAGGCAAAACUCCUUCCAUCAACGUUUGGAAGCGCUUAUUCCGGUUGAAGUUCCUAUAUUGCCGACAAACCAGGUUCAUCAUCAGGAACCUAUAGCCGACAUUAAUGUUGGUUACAACAAUGAAGAAGGCCAAUCAUCAUGGAGAAGUAAGAGGCAGAAGACGGUUCCAUCAGGUCUCGUUUGUGAUUAUCAAUGUGAUCCGCAUUUACUUGCUCGUCUUAGGGAAUCUCAGAGGUGCAUAUUUGUUAUACAAGAUAUAUCUGAACAGACAAGAAAGUAUGCAAAACUGGUUACCAAAUUGCAAGGGAAAUUUGUGUUCAACAUCUUGGGAUUGGCAGUAUCUGCAAAGGAACUACUACUAAUUGUGGAUCGACCUCGUACUUACUCUGCUAAGGUUUUUGAUAUUCUAAUUCGAGUUCUACGUUCGGUUAUGACUCCAUUGCUGCCUCCUCAAGGUUCUCGGAGUGCUGCAUUUCUAGAUACCAAAUUUGUCCCUUCUAUUAUGAGGACCUUCCCAAAGUUUCUCAAGUCGAAAAAUAAAGAAGGUUACCUAUUUCCUAAAGGGCUUACUGGGAUUUUCCCUUCAAAAGAAGCUCCGAUGCUCCAUCCAACAAGAUAUGCAUGUCAACCUUUGGGAGCAGAGCCUGUGAUUCAGUGUUAUGAUGUUGCUAGGCCAAAGUCAGUAGCUCAGAGUAAAGUUCAUGUUGACUCUGGGUUGAUGGCUUUGUUGAUGAUGGCGUAUCACGCCCUCUAUGGCCUCGAUGCGUGUAAGACAAUAACUAGAGAAUUGCUUGAAGAGGAAGGGAAGAGUGCAGCAAUAUUGGCGUAUGAGUUCAAGGAGAAGUUGUAG